AUGGAGAUUUCACUAGUAGUUCCAUAUGCAGCUCUAUGUGCUGUUACGCUGAUGACGGGAUGGUUAGUACACUGGGUGUACAAGUGGAUAAAUCCACCAUGCAAUGGCACGCUUCCCCCUGGUUCCAUGGGUUUACCUAUCAUUGGUGAGACCAUGGAGUUCUUCAAGAUGAGUGCCUCCUUGGACAUUCCAAAUUUCUACAAACAAAGAAUGCAGAGAGGUGAACCGGUUCAUAUUUCAGCAAGAAGGAAGUUGUUUCGGAGCUGGUACCCUGAGACAGCGAAUAUCAUAAUCGGUGAGAAGACCAUCGAUGAGUUUAAUGGCGCCUCUCAGAAGUUCGUUCGGAACUGCAUGUCUAGAUUAUUCGGUCUUGAAUAUCUGAAGCAAGACCUCAUUCCAGAACUGGAAAAGGACAUUAGAGACACUUUUGCUGAAUGGGCAACUAAACCUAGCAUUGAUGUGCCUGAUAGCACGCCUGAUGUAAUCUUUGUGCUUGUGGCUAGGAAGAUGCUUGGCCUCCAUCCCUCAAAGUCAAGAGAAUUGAGAAAGAACUACAGUUCUUUCCUAGAAGGAUUGAUAUCUUUCCCCAUAUAUUUCCCUGGGACAACGUUUUACCAGUGCAUGCAGGGAAAGAACAAUAUGCUAAACUUAAUGUCAAAUCUAUUGAGAAAGAGGAUAAGCACGCCUAAGGAAAAGCAUGGAGAUGUUCUCAACAUGAUGGUUGAAGAAAUACAGAGUGAAAAGCCAACAAUAGAUGAGAAAUUUGCUACAGAUGCACUGUCUGCUCUCUUGUUUACAAGCUUUGUGACAUUGUCACCCAAUCUCACACUAGCGUUCAAGUUCCUCAGUGAUAACCCAACAGUUCUGGAUGCUCUCAAGGAGGAGCAUGACACAAUAUUGAGGAACAGAAAGGACUCAAGUUCUGGUUUCACAUGGGAGGAGUACAAGUCAUUGACCUUCACUAAUAUGGUUAUAAAUGAGCUUACGAGAAUGAGUAAUGUCACACCAGGGAUUUUCAGGAAAACUUUAACAGACGUGCAAGUGAAUGGGUAUACAAUUCCAGCCGGGUGGAUGGUUAUGAUGAGUCCCAUGGCAGUGCAUCUAAACCCAGAAUUCUUUGAAGAUCCACUCGACUUUAAUCCAUGGAGGUGGCUGGAUGAGUCAAAGCGAAAUGCACAGAACAAUUUUGUGCCAUUUGGGUUAGGCAUAAGGGCUUGUCCUGCAUCAGAGUUUAGCAAGCUUUUCAUGGCACUUUUCCUCCAUGUUUUGGUGACAAAGUACAGAUGGACGAAAAUCAAAGGAGGGGAAGUAUCCCGCAAGGCAGUCAUCAUGUUCCCACAGGGAUAUCAAAUUCAACUACUCCCAUGGGCCUAA